UCCCAAAGGCAGCUGCGUUUCAAAUAAAACACCGUUUAGUUUACAUCAAGAUGCAGAUAUCGCGGCAGUUUCAGAUGUCAUAAGUCUCGUGGAUUUUAAAGUUAUUCAGGUAUUUAAAGACUUCUUCACUAUGUCGUCAGAUGAGGAUUUUUCUAUGGAGGUGGAGCAACCACAACCAUCUGAGGAGACGUUGGAGGGAAUCAAAGCUUUAAUCGACAACUACAAGAAAGUACAUGAACAGCUGAUCCAGGAGCAGAAGGAGCUGAUUAUUACAAGAGAUGAACGGCGGGAAAUGACUCAGAAGUUUAAGCAGCGCUCAGUCAAACUGACCAGGGAUCUGGAAGAGGACAAGCGCAGAUACCAAAAGUGCAUUGAAGAUGAGAAGGCUAAGUUGAACUUUAUGAAGCAGGAGAAGAUCCAACUGCUGAGGGAGAUCCAGGAAGUGGAGGAAGCUCUGAAGGAGGAGGAGGCCAUAAAGGAGCACCUGAAGCAGCAGACUGACGUGUUCACUGCUGUGCCAGAGAAGAAGGUCGUCUUCAUGGGGUUGACAGGAGAAGCAACUGACGCACAAACGUUUGAAAUGAAGCCACGGAUAAUUUACCCCAUGGAGGGUGGGACAGCGCUGAUUACAUUUGAGGAAGACAUAGUGGCCAGAAAGAUCCUGGACAUGAAGCAGCUUCAGGUGGAUCUGGGAUCAGAGUGCAGGAUCACCGUGGAGGCCCGGCCAGUUCAGCUCAUGAUGCCCCAGCUGGUGGAGAUAGACACUGAGGUGAGUCCUCAGCAGAUUUUAAUAUCCAACCUGCCAAAGAUGGACACCGAGACGCUGCUGAACAAGCUGGAGAUCCACUUCUCUAAGAGAAAACACGGAGGCGGAGAGGUGGACAGAUGUGAAAUGCUGCCUGAUUCUGGGACUGUGGUCCUCACGUUUGUGGAGAAACACAUUGCCCGAGGUUUGACGGAUACAGAGCAUCAUGAGGUGGAGCUACAACAGAAGAAGAAGCACACAGUGAGGGUGACUCCUUUUCUCAGCGGAAAGAUCACAAACUUAAAGACUAAGAUGUCUGUGUGUCCUCGGACGGUGCUGCUGACGGGAAUCCCCACCAUCAUGGAGCGAGAGACCCUGCAGGAUCUGCUGGAAAUCCACUUCCAGAAAAGCAGCAACGGCGGUGGAGAGAUCGAAGCCUUCCUCUACAACCCGCUGGGUCAGCACACCUCGGCCCUGUUCGAGAGUGUCUCCACAGGCUCGGAGGAGGAGUAAGAUGAACAGUUAUCACCACUCAGUUUCAGGGUGAGAUAGUCCGAUUAAAGACAGUAUCCAACCUGUUUUUGUUUGUCACAUAUUCUGUUUUACAUCUUUUGUAAAGGGAGUCGGUUGAAUUGAAGAAAUACUUCGCCCUCAAAAUGACCCUUUGUUACUCACCAUGCGUUACGCUGAAUCAUGAAAAAAAAAACAACUUUUUUUUCACGCUUGCCACCACGGUGAGCAAAGAAUAAGAAAAGAAAAGGCAAACCGUUUUCAUGAGUUGAAAUAAUUGGGGUUCACAUUUAACAGCAAAACUGUAUCAAAACAUCCGUGUACAAACUCUCACACAACUUCUGCAAUGUGAUCCGAGAGUCAUUUCUCUCAUCAUCUGCUCAGUAUUUCCCAAACACAUGUAUUUUGCAAAAAACAUUCUGAUUUAAAACUUGUCAGUUCAGUUGUACGCGAAGACGAGUGCACGUGCGUUUGCAAUGCUCAGGCCGAGCGCCCAGGCACGGCGUGUUUGUGAGGAACUGAGCUUACGACCGGAUAAAUGAAACUUUGAUUGAAACUUUGGUAUGAUUUUGCUGUUAAACGUUGACACCAUUUUUAUUCAAGAAAAAAACAAAUUUCCUUACAAAAUAAAGAUAACACAUGUUAAGUAACUGAUACACAAAUGAUCAUUUUGUGAGUAAAGUAUUCCUUUAACUUCUUAUCUUUGGAUGUUUUUUGGCAUCUCAGAACUGCCGGUCGUUUUCUAGAGUAAAAAAUCUGAUUCCUUUCACUGUUGAUAAUCUCUCUCAAUUUUGAGAAAUAUAUUAUUUGUUGAAUAUUCAUACAUUAAGAAAAUUAUUUUUUGUUUGUUUUUUGCCUAGUUAUUUAACAAUAUAAACAAAUGGAAGUGACAAAUACCAUGUAAUGGUGAUGAUGAUGAUGUAAGCUCAAUCAAGAAGGAAUUUUAAGUGCAAAUAAAUUGGUGUUAAAUGACA